GCUUUCGGCGUCCCCUCUCUCCGCGCCGGCGCAGCCAGGCCUCGGAAUCACUAACAGAGGAGGGGGCGGCGCCGACGCCCAGCACCUGCCGCCGGUGGGGGACUCACUUCAGUGGAACGGAAAACUGGAGUUGUUUCCCUGGGCGAGUGCACCGAGGCUGAAGUCUAUAAGCCUGGAGAGACCAUCAGCAGUAAUCUGCAAAUGGCUACACUGGUCUGGGUUAAGAACUUAGAUCAUUCAGAUGUUCACUGUAACAUUGGAAGACUCUGAACUCUGUGGAACAGUCUUCAUAGCUCCUCUGAAUCCAAAAUGACCACCCUGCCCCCACUGCCCAUGACACGCCCGAAGCUUACAGCCUUAGCCAGACAGAAGCUGCCUUGCUCCUCCAGAAAAAUUCCAAGGUCUCAAUUGAUCAAAGAAAAAGAUGACAUAGAUCAUUAUCUAGAGGUGAAUUUCAAAGGAUUGUCAAAAGAGGAGGUUGCUGCUUAUAGGAACUCCUACAAGAAGAACAUCUGUGUGGACAUGCUGCGAGAUGGUUAUCAUAAGUCCUUCACCGAGCUCUUCGCUCUGAUGGAGCAGUGGGAUGCCCUGAGGGAGGCUGCGAGAGUCAGGUCCCUCUUCUGGCUGCAGAAGCCCCUGGAGGAGCAGCCUGAUAAACUGGAUUACUUCUACCAUUACCUGACCAGGGCUGAGGACGCUGAGAGAAAAAAAUCCUUUGAAGAUGUAUAUAACAACUUGUAUGCUCUGGCCUGUUACUUCAAUAACUCUGAAGACAAGUGGGUAAGGAACCACUUCUAUGAACGAUGUUUUAAGAUUGCUCAGCUGAUCAAAAUUGACGGUGGAAAGAAAGAAGCCGAGGCACACAUGCAUAUGGGUCUUCUCUACGAGGAAGAUGGUCAUCUUCUGGAAGCUGCUGAGCAUUAUGAAGCAUUCCAUCAAUUGACGCAGGGGCGGAUAUGGAAGGACGAGACAGGCCGCUCUCUCAACUUGUUGGCCUGUGAGAGUCUCCUGAGGACUUACAGAUUACUCUCAGACAAAAUGCUGCAAAAUAAAGAAUACAAACAGGCCAUCAAAAUUCUAAUAAAAGCUUCUGAAAUAGCCAAAGAAGGAAGUGACAAAAAGAUGGAAGGGGAAGCCUCUUACUACUUGGGCUUAGCACACUUAGCUGCUGAGGAAUAUGAAACUGCAUUAACAGUCCUUGACACUUACUGUAAAAUCUCCACAGAACUGGAUGAUGAUCUCAGCCUGGGGAGAGCCUAUGAAGCCAUAGCCAAGGUCCUGCAGAGCCAAGGAGAUACGACAGAAGCAAUUAAAUACUUGAAAAAAUUUGUGAAAAUUGCAAGAAACAAUUUUCAAAGCCUAGAUUUUGUGAGAGCAAGUACAAUGCUUGGGGACAUCUACAAUGAAAAAGGACACUACAACAAAGCUUCUCAACGCUUUCAGCAAGCUUUUGACACAACAGUAGAGCUAAUGAGCAUGCCUCUGAUGGAUGAGACAAAAGUUCACUAUGGAAUAGCAAAAGCUCAUCAGAUGAUGCUUACAGUGAACAACUAUAUAGAGUCUGCAGAUCUCACCAGCCUCAACUACCUGCUGUCAUGGAAGGAGAGCAGAGGUGACAUUGAACCUGAUCCAGUUACUGAAGAGUUUCGAGGAUCCACGGUGGAAACUGUAUCUCAAAACUCAGAACAUUUGGAAGAACUCAGUAGAUUUCCAGGUGAUCAAAAAAAUGAAAUUUAAAGCAGCUUUUCACUUAACAUCAAAGCGAGAAGAAAUCCAUCAUGUCACCUUAGACUUCAAUACUUGUAAUAGAAACAUGUUACAGACAAUAUAAAGUUAUAAAAAAACUGACUGUGACUCUUUUCAUUGGAUUUUGUAUUGCAGUAUAUUACUAUAAAUUUAGUCCAAAACAUCUAAAUCCAUGAAAAUAAAAUAUAUUCCAAUUCUUAGAAAUAUCAGCAAUCAUCCAGGAAAUAAAUAAUUGCCUCUUCUCCACUAUUCCACAAGAAAUAGUGAUACCAUGAAACCAAAAUAAGAAAAUAUUUUCUAAUGAGAAAAUAAUUACAAGCUUAAGAAAAUCUUUCUUGCUGAAUUCAUGUAGGAUAAUAUUUACUAAAAUUCUAGAGAAACUUUUCAACAUAGAUAAAAAGAAUAUAAGCAAUUAAGACUACCAUAUUGAUAAGUACUGUUUGAAACAGUUGCUUUACCUGUGUAAAAGUAUAUUUUAUGAUACUUUUAGAUAAUAGCACAUAAUCAAACUUACCCAUGUCAACUUAAAAA